CACAACUGAAUUUGAUCAUCAUAGAGAUGAUGGAGCUGCAAGUGCCGGAUGUUGUUCUAUAUGGCGUCUUUACACUCGUUCUAGGGUGGCUUCUUCACUUUAUCUACCGGAGGGCGAACCCUGCGUGCAAUGGGAGGCUUCCUCCUGGCUCCAUGGGCUUACCUAUUGUUGGCGAGACACUCCAACUCUUGAAGUCAAGCUCUUCAUUGGACAUUCCAGACUUCUACAAGCUGAGGCUGAAAAGGUAUGGCCAUCUCUUCAAGACCAGCUUUGUGGGGAAGCCUGUGGUUGUUUCGAUGGACAUGGAGUUCAACCGUUUUAUGUUUCGUCAUAACGACAAGCUGUUCCAAUUAUGGUACCCUGACACGAUAAAUAGUAUAUUUGGCAAGAAGAGCAUCUCCGCUUGCUACGGUUCCAUUCACAAAUACUUCCGAAGCUUCGCUGCUCCACUCUAUGCACCAAAAAACCUUAAGGAAGCGUUCGUAUCUGAAAUGGAGAGCAUCAUCACAGAGUCCCUUAGAACAUGGGCUGCUAAUCCAAACAUCGAGGUGAAGGAGGCCAUGACUGAUAUGUUGUUUCGUAUUACAAUCAAGAAGGUUAUUGGCAUUGAGUCCGAGAGCCCAAGCACAAAGGAAUUGAGAAAAAAAUUCGAAUUGUUCUUCCAAGGCUUAUUAUCCUUCCCAAUUUAUAUUCCAGGGACAAAAUUUUAUCAAAGCAUGCAGGCAAGGAAAUAUGUGCAAAAGUUGAUGAAAGAUUUGCUGAAACGACGGAUUAGUACACCGCAAAAACGAUAUGGGGACUUUUUGGACAUAGUUGUUGAAGAAUUGCAAAGUGAAGAGGCAUUGGUGGAUGAAGAUUUCAUGGUGGAUUUAGUUUGUGGGCUCAUAUUCGCUGGCAUUGCAUUAACACCAACAACACUCACCAUAGGCAUGAAGUUCCUCACAAACAGCCCAAAUGUAGUGGAAGCACUUACGGAGGAGCAUGACGCAAUACUGAAAAAACAACAAGAGCUGAAUUCAAGAAUCACAUGGGAGGAGUUCAAGUAUAUGAAAUUCACUAAUCGGGUUAUUAAUGAGAUGGCUCGCGUAAGUAGCCAUGGUCCCGGGAUUUUUAGAAAGACGUUGAAGGAUGUUCAUGUAAAUGGCUAUACGAUUCCAGAGGGAUGGUUGGUCUUGGUCAGCCCCAUGGCAGUGCAUUUAAAUCCUUUGAUUUUUGAAGAUCCACUCACCUUUAAUCCAUGGAGAUGGCAGGGAACCCAUGGGACCUCUUUAAUGAAGAAUUUCAUACCAUUUGGAGAUGGUGCAAGGCACUGCCUUGGUGCCGACUUCACUAAGCUUCAGAUUGCUAUGUUCCUUCACGCUUUGGUGACCAAAUACAGGUUACAUACUGAUCGAGUCCACACCAUGCAUUUACAUUUCUUACAAAGCUACUAUUUGGUGAAGCUGAACGAAAUGGGUCGUACAAUAAGAUGGAUACAGAACCCAUUUAUGCCGCCGUUGACAAAAGACAGUGCAACCAUUAUAUAUAUCAAGCACUAUGUCAUAUAUAUGCGUGCAUUAUAAAAACUCACAUGGGACUUGCUUAUGCAUCAUGCAUGUGCAUAUACAUGUUCUUUUCUGGAGCUCGUAGGUGGAAGGAGAUCAAAGGAGGUCAAAUGUUCCGUGUUUCGGACCUUGUAUUCCCGCAACCCUAUCACAUUAAGCUCUUCCCGAGGCCCUCAUCAUUUGAAUCGAAGUGAGGAGUAUGUUGUGCGCUCCACAUAACUUCUCUUGGGCAAAUGUAAUAAUGCAAGGUGUGCUAUCAGUGGAAGAGUAUGCUUAUAUUGUGGUUUGAAUAAUAACAGGUGUGCUAUGUGCUUUCUUGAAUAAAUGUGCAUGUGCGUAUGACCUACUACUUGUGUGAGAAAAUAAUAUCACCAUCCGUCUCCUAGGGUUUAGAGGCACUGUAGCAAUAAGAUUGGUCAUUAUGUAAACAUCUAUAGACUAUAGAACUGUAUCAGCUUCUUUGAAAA